AUGCUCCUCAACGGAAACCAUCGUGCCCAGGCACAGUUCGACAGAGCGAAAUGGCGUACAAUGAUUCUCAUCCCCACCUGGGCCCUUCAAUUAUGCCUGUCCAUGACGAUGAUGGGCCUCUUCGCCUAUAGGCUGGGUGACAGCAUGAAGGUGAACAAAGACGACAAUAAGAAGAAUGAUGAUCCUACAAUUGAGAUUGUAUGGGAGGCUACCAAUGUGGCUUUGUGGUUUGUUGCAUCUCUAUGCAGUUUCGUUGAAAUCGCAAAAUACUUCGCAGAGGCGUUGACGCCGUGGACUAUGCUGUUCACACACGUUAUCAAGUUAACCUGUGCUAUCGCUACUCUCGCUCUUGACAUCGUUGUCUACACCCAGGAGCACGACAGACACUACUCCCUUGUAGCUCUAGGACUGGACUGUGCCUUUAUCAUCACCUCCAUUGUCUUGGUGUUCUACUCAGUACGAAGGUACCGUCGCCUUUCCGCUUACGACGACUACACCCACCCCGUCAACGUGAAGCCUUAUGGUUUCAACGAUGAUCUCGAGCGUGAUACAUCAUAUUCCCAGCAUUCAGGCGACAAGCGUUUCUCUUCAGCCUCAUCACGAGCGAGCAUUAUAUCCAAGCGUGAAUCAGUCGAAAUGGGCACUGUCCAGCGAACACCCAGCGUUUACUCCCACAAACGCGACACCCAAUUCGAUGACUAUGUAGCACGCCGAGGGUCUGUAACAAAAGAGCGUAUCGGAAGCGGAGACUUUAGUUACGCUGGAGCUCAGGGAGAACUUCAAGAGCCUGGAUCACUUACACCUAUUACACCCACUGGAGCGACACUUUCUCCCAAUCGACCACGAGGAUACAGUAGCAGCCGAGCAGCUAGCUGGACCAGCGACCGAGGAUUGGUAGCUGUUCCAGAAGAGGAGGACGAUACAGUAGCCGGAAAGGAGUCCAAGGCAGAAAAGGAGAAGAAGGACCGUGAAGCCCUUCUGGGCAACACCCCUCGUGAGAGUGUUGAUGGCCCACUCGUUGCCCAGGAAGUCGACCUGUCAGAACCCAGGUGGCAGCGUGAAUAA